AUGAUCAGUCGAGUACUCAUUUCAACUCGCACUCCUGCAUUCCCUUUCUCAAUAGAUCACUCCUCCAUUUCCCUAUUCUGUACAUUUGGACCCAAAGGUCAAUUCCCAAGCAUCCGGAAAAGUCUUACGGCGCCUAAACGCGGAACCGACGAGGAGAUUACCGGAUUACUUCUCCAUGCGGGUAUGCAGAGACAGUGUACACAGUGA